UAGCCCUUAAAAAUUGUAUCCUUCCCCUUUAAAUGUAGCGCAAAUGCGAAAGUGAAAGUGCUGUACGUCUAUGGGGUAGGCGACACACCCGAGACGGCUUUUUCUCGAUUAUUUACUUUAAAAAUGACAAGAGAAUCGUUCAUUAGGACGAAAAUGAAGAAUUUCAAUUGCUUUAUCAUACUCUCGACUAUCAUAAUAAUGAAUUCUUGUGGAUUCAUUAUUAAAGGUUCUUCAGGUCCUCUGGUUGUUCCUCUGGGAGGUUCAGUGGUUCUGCCCUGUUCUGUUGAUUCACUCUUACCACUGAAAGAUCUGGAGGUGGAAUGGAGAAGAUCAGACUCACAGACUCUCAUUCAUCUGUAUCAAGAUGAAGAUAUUAGACCAGAGGCUCAACAUCAGGAUUAUCAUGAUAGAGCUCAUUUCUUCACUGAAGACAUUAAACAUGGAAACUUCUCACUCCUGUUGAACAAUCUGACAGCUGAAGAUGAGGGACAAUAUACAUGUAAAGUUCACACUGGACAAGAGUCUAAUGAAACUGUGGUGGAAAUUAAACAUGAGCGUUUGAUAGUAUCAGGAUCAAAUAAGUCCAUAUCUGCGUAUGUGGGUGAUGAUGUCACUCUGAGCUGCUCUGUGAACUCUCACAUCAAACCUGAAGAGAUUGAAGAAGUUUCAUGGAAGAAAACAGAUAAAGAAAGAGACAUCCCAGUUCUUCUAUACCAAGACAAUGAGGUUUUACCAGACGCUUCAGAUGAGCAAUACAGAGACAGAGUUGAGUUCUUCACUGAUGAAAUCCACAGAGGAAACUUCUCUCUCAGACUGAAGAGAGUCAGAUCUGAAGAUAAAGGAGUUUACAUCUGUCAAGUGUUUACUGGACGACUUUCAGCAAACACAACUGUAAUACUGCAACAACUGGGUUUCUCUGCAUUACACAUCAUAGUUUUGAUUCUCUGUAUUGCUGCAUGUGGAUGUGCAGUUAUAAUCUGCUUUCUCAUCUACUGCAGACCAAAAAACAUGGAAAAACAUGUCAAGACUUUUGGAUAUCUUCAUGUGUUUCUUCCAAAUAUUAUUAUGCUUGGGGCGUUUGUCCUGUGGGGUGUGACAGAAGGAUUUCUAAACGAGACAAUCUUCUGCUGUGCUCUUUGUCUUCUGAGGCCUCUAAUGUUAACUUAUGUUGCACCAUAUUUAAAGGACAUUUCAGUGUCCCGUCUUCUCUUUGAAUUUAUUCUUUUUACAGCAUUUUAUUUUUCAGUUCUUUUAAAACAUGCUUGGGAUGCAAGUGUACAUUAUGCAGGGACUGACAGAGUUAUGAUAGUGCUCCUGUUUGCAGUUGUGAUUCUUUUCAUUGUCGGCUCAUUCAUUUAUAAAUUCAGUGAUGAGCUGAACAUUUCCUGCCCUGGAAAGAUGUGUGAUGGAGAGAUCUAUACAUGGAUAGUGGCUAAAUUUGAAUAUGUAGCAGAGUUUAGCUUUUUUUUUCUGCCUUCACUACAAUUCAGCCUCUUUUUCUUUGCUUUUGGAGCCGCUGGUAGCACAGGGAUUUUGGUCAGCACAUUUUUUCCAGUGAUUAUUUUUAUGACAUUUGGCUGUUUUGAUUUCAUAGACAUUGAAGAGAAAAGCUGCUCACAGCUGGUCUUAAAAACAACAUGGAUGAUCUUUAUGUUUAUAUUUAAUGCAGUUAUGGUCUAUUUAUAUGUUACAUCUCUGGAAAAUAAAACAGAUGCUGCUGGAUGGAGCUCAACUGCUGUAUUUUCACAAGUGCUGUGGAUGAUCACAAUUUACAUAGUUAAUGAAGAGCUGGAUGUUCCCUAUAAAAAAAUAUUGUAUGUUUUUGGAUCAGUUGGUGUUGUUUUAUUCAACGAUGUUGCUCUGAUGACUGAACUGAUACUGAAAACAAUUAAUGGUGAUCGUGCUGUUGGAGAUUUAAGAAGUAUUGUUUGUUCAUCUGAAAGCCUCUUUACAUUAACUGUGCUGAUUUUCAUCGUGUAUAAACCCUGGAUUAACGACAUAAAAUGUCUGCAAUCUUGCAAGAAUGCAGAGAGUCCUGAUGAAAAUACAGACACUGAUUCAAACCAGAAUCAAGAUUCUCAGAUUUUAUCUGGAUCUGAUGAGACUCCAGCUACUGAACCAAACCAGAACACAGCAGAAUUACAUGAACUAAAUCAUCUACUAAAGACUGAAGAUCAGGAGACCGUUGAGAGGGAAGCUCAAUCAGUGAUCUCACAAACAUAAUGAACAAUGAGAGAAGAUCAUUCAUCAAGAGAUUCAUUUUAAAGACUGAGCAUCUGAUCAAACUCUUAUGAGAUCUUUGACAGUUCAGUAUUAUUCUCUGUUUACAAUGCUGAUGGUUCUUUACGAUUAUUUGUUUAACAGACAGUUUUCUUCAAAGCAAUGAACUCAUCAGCAAAAAUACAGCAGCUGUCCAGUGUUCAGGUCAGUGUUAUCUCAUCUAUAUGUCCCUAUAGCAGUACACAACAGCUCCUCUACACAUUAAUACAUAAAGCUGAAUACAUCCUCUUAUUGGAUGAGAAACAUAUAAAGUUAAGAUUUCUAAAAGAGACAGAAUAGUGCUUUGCAGAGCUCUGAAAACACAGAAAGUGCAAAUGAUGGUUCAUACAGAAGAUUUGACCUCUCUUAAUGUCUACACAACACCCAGACAAUUCUUAUAAGAUCAAGCGUAAAACAACUUGAAUAAAGGCACGAGCUGUUCUCCACUGGAAAAUGUUAGACCAACAAUCCCUACAUGUACAGAUCUGCUCUGACUAUGUGUUAUCUUACAAAUAAAGUAUUUGUGUUUAUAAAGCUACUAAAACAAAACAAACAUAGUGGCUAGAAAUGCGUGAAGAUCAGCGUUUUUUUUUCUCUCAAAAAUAUUAUCUCUGGAAAAGACAACUUUUAAGCAUUUUAUUAUUAUGAGAGCAGGAAGAAUGGUGUUGGCUACAAAUGUAUUUCCACUGCAGAACACUGGAUGGCAGUGUCUUAUUUUAUUCAAAUACAUAAAAACAUUUUGCUAUUUGUUGUUUAUGCACUGUACAAAAUGCUGCCUUAGAUAUAAUGCAGCUUGGUUUUGCAAAUCAGUUCAACCUAUUCUUUUAUUUUAAGUGAUGAGUUGACAUAGCCUAACUGCUAAAAACAAUUUGAAAUUGUUGGAACACUUUACUUGAAGGGGUGUUCAUUAGACUGACAUGACACCUGUAUAAUCAUGACAUGACACGUUUCAUGAACAUGGAGGAGAUUUUAUGCACAAUUAUGACAACU